AUGUCUUCUGAUAAUUCCGGUCUAAAAACUUCUCUACCCUCGAUUCAUGCGUCAUCCGCUCGACAGUCAAACACAAGCCCACCCAAGUCAAGACCCAGCAGUUCUCGACGUUCGCCGCUGAAACCUAAGCAGAAGCCCUCAAAACCAGAGACAGAUCCUCGCCAUCUGGCAAUAGCUCUACAUCAUGCCCACCGCAUUCAAGCUCAAAAAAAUGCACAAGACCUCAUUCUCGAUCGCAUCCUCGAACUUCUUACCAUUCCGUCAUCUCCAUCGGCCGAUCCAGCCGCGCCCUCCGCUGAGGACACGCAUAAAUUCAAAUCUUCUCUGAUUAUCUUUCAGCCUACGGAUUAUGAUAAUCUGAUACAGGAGAGGAACAUCGAAGGCCUCUGCGGUUAUGGGCUCUGUCCGAAGGAGCACCGCAAAGAGAAGUCAAGGGGCGCGUUUCGGAUAACCUGGGGCGCUAGGGGGAGCGGACCUGGAGGUCGCGGGCGAGAUAUGAACAUUGUUCCAAAGGAAAAGUAUGAGAUGUGGUGUUCAGAUGAAUGUGCCGAGAGAGCGAUGUAUAUUCGCGUUCAGCUUGCAGAAGAACCUGUAUGGGAGAGACGGGCAGACGACCUGCGAGGAAAAGAGCUCCUUUUACUUGAAGAGGGCAGAUCAGCGAAAGGGAAGAACGCGAUGUGGGAUUCAGGGAGCGUCAAAGAGGUCCUUGGUCGAUUGGACAACCUUCACAUGGACACAACGCCGGAACCCAAUGCAGUAGCAGAAGACAUCUCGAAGCUAUCAGUCAGGGACGAUACUCGGUCGCUCGAGCUCGCUAUGGAACGAGGCGACCUGAAUCCUGCCCUCCAAAACGGCAGGGUGGAUAUCCACAUUCAGGAGAAGGCGAACGUAACACAGGCCACUGCGCCGGAAAUGCGGCCUGGAGACGAAAGGGGAGGCUCCAUUGAAGGUUAUAUGCCGCAUGAAUCUUGA